GUUCAAGUUUACAAAGCAAGUUACCUUUUGCCACCGGCCAAGCGGGACGGAGCAUACCCGGGGGUACUGAAGUCCAUUUGGUGUUUUUAUUUUUAUUUUUCUCUUUUUACGCGAGAGCAAAAAGAAAAAAAUGUCCGGGGUGAAAAAGCUUCGCACGGACCUCAACAGGUCCACCAAUGUUGUGUACCAGGCCCAUCAUGUCAGCCGGAGCAAGAGAGGACAGGUGGUGGGCACCAGAGGAGGCUUCAGAGGCUGUACCAUUUGGCUUACAGGUUUAUCCGGGGCUGGAAAGACCACAAUUAGUUUCGCUCUGGAGGAGUACCUAGUAUCCCACGCCAUCCCUUGUUACUCACUCGACGGAGACAAUAUACGUCAUGGCCUGAACAGGAACCUGGGCUUCUCUCCCUCUGACCGCGAGGAGAACAUACGACGAAUUGCAGAAGUAGCCAAGCUGUUUGCUGAUGCUGGGCUGGUUUGCAUGGCCAGCUUCAUUUCACCCUUCACUAAGGAUCGGGAUGAGGCGAGGAAGAUUCACGUGAGUGCCGGUCUACCAUUCUUUGAGGUGUUCGUUCACGCCCCUCUUGCGGUGUGCGAAAGCAGGGAUGUGAAGGGGCUCUACAAGAAGGCUCGAGCAGGCGAGAUCAAAGGCUUCACUGGAAUUGACUCAGAUUAUGAGCGCCCGGAGGCACCGGACUUGAUGCUUAAGACAGAAGAGCUGACGGUGAACGAAUGCAUCGAGCAGGUGCUGGAGCUGCUCAGGGAGCAGAAUAUUGUCCCCAGUGAAAUUAUGGAGGACUUGAAUGAGCUCUUUGUUGCGGAGAACAAGCUGAGUCUUGCCAUGGCUGACGCAAGCACACUUCCCACCAUCAGCAUCACCAAGUUGGACCUACAGUGGGUGCAGGUGUUAUCUGAAGGGUGGGCCAGCCCGCUGAAGGGCUUCAUGAGAGAGAGAGAGUUCCUCCAGGCUCUGCACUUUGGCAACCUACUGGAUGGUGGGGUCAUCAACAUGUCCAUUCCCAUUGUCCUGCCUGUAAGCACUGAAACCAAGCAGGACUUAGAUGGCUGUACAGCAGUGGCUUUGGAGUUCCAGGGUUCACGUGUUGCCAUUCUCCGCAACCCGGAAUUCUAUGAACACCGCAAGGAGGAGCGCUGUGCAAGACAAUGGGGAACCACGUGCCCACAACACCCUUACAUAAAGAUGGUUAUGGAAGGAGGGGAUUGGUUGGUCGGUGGUGACCUGGAAAUGCUGGAGAGAAUAAGAUGGAAUGAUGGGCUGGACCAGUAUCGCCUUACACCACGGGAACUCAAGCAGAAGUUUAAAGACAUGAAAGCAGAUGCCAUAUUUGCCUUCCAACUGCGCAACCCUAUCCACAAUGGCCAUGCCUUGUUGAUGCAAGACACCAAGCGCCAUCUUCUUGAGCGGGGCUACAAGAACCCUGUCCUUCUUCUUCACCCACUCGGUGGCUGGACAAAAGACGACGACGUGCCGCUGGAUUGGCGGAUGAGACAGCAUGCUGCAGUGUUGGAGGAAGGUGUUCUGGACCCAGCCAGCACAAUUGUGGCUAUCUUCCCAUCACCCAUGAUGUACGCUGGACCCACAGAGGUUCAGUGGCACUGCAGGGCAAGGAUGGUUGCUGGGGCCAACUUCUACAUUGUUGGUCGCGACCCUGCUGGCAUGCCUCACCCAGAAACUAAACAGGACCUGUAUGAACCUACCCACGGGGGUAAAGUCCUCACCAUGGCCCCAGGCCUCACCUCUGUUGAGAUCAUCCCCUUCAGAGUAGCUGCUUACAACAAGACUAAAAAGGCUAUGGACUUUUAUGAUAAAGAACGACAUGCUGAGUUUGAGUUCAUCUCUGGAACCAAGAUGAGGAAGUUAGCUCGCAGUGGAGAGAAUCCUCCAGAUGGUUUCAUGGCCCCCAAGGCCUGGAAGGUCUUGACUGAGUACUACAGGUCCCUACAGAAGGACCAGUAACACUGCGGCACUCAGCUCGCCUGUUGAAAUCUACCCAAAAGUGAAGCAUGCACCCAGAGAUUAUUCUGCAAAGGGGUCAGAGUUGCAGCUUUUCCUAAAGGGAGCACUUUUUGGCAGGUCUCCUGAUUACUUUAUGUUUCAAAAAUUAUGUUUUUAUAAGCAAUGGCAAAUGCCCAUAUUUGAUGAAUCACUCUUUAAGGCGGUACAGUUUGUAUCUAUCAUUGCUAAAUCAGAAUGACCUGUUUAGAGCAGUUUAGGCAUUCAGUUUUCAUAUGCUAUUGUAUGAAUUUUAAAUGCAUUUUUAGAAUGUUUCCUGAAUAAUAACUUAAACUUUAUAUUUUAAUUAAUUUAAGGUAACUUAAGAUUCACUCUUUUACCCCCGCCCCCCCCCCCCGACAGAACAGAGGAUGAUUUAAGUGUUUACUUAGACGACUUGAUAUUUAAGUGUUCUAUCUGCAGGCUAUGUGACAAAAUACAGGUUUCCGAUUACAUUUUACAUUUUAAUUUAUCACUAUCGAGAGUAUCUAACUAUUUGUAUCACCUGUACAGAGGUUACCUUAUUCGUCAUGUAUUAACGUUAAGGUUAAUGUUAAACUUUCAUAUUUUUGCUUUUGUAAAAUUAGAUUUACCAUAUUCCAAGUGCCUUUCUUCUGAAUGUAAACACCAUAAAACUAGUUUUAUAAAUGUCUUUGUCAAGUGUGCCUGAAAUGACUCCCUUUCAUAUUUCUGACUGACAAUAUGAAGAUAGCAUUUGCAUUAUGGUAUGAAAGAGCUGGGAGAUUAAGAUGACAAUGGGGACAAUGUGUAGGCCUACGGAAAAUGUAGUCAUUAAAGAAUGUAUUUAUUGCUAUCAGUUGAUAACUAAAUAUGGGAAUAGUGAGCAAACAAUGAACUUAAGUGUAUGUCCAUGAAUGUACCUAUUAGGUUUUCAAUAAAUACUUUACUGCCCGA